GUCACCCGGCGGCCAACAGAUUUCUUUGUUUUGUUUGUCUUAUAAUGUCUCUUUUUUUUAAAUAGAGUUUUACCUGAAACCAGGUUUUAGAUUGAAUUCAGUUUUAGAUUGAAUUCAGUUUUAGAUUUAAUUCAGUUUUAGAUUGAAUUCAGUUUCCAAUUUAACUCAGUUCUGUGGUUCUGCACAAUUCUUUGAGCAACAAUUCAACAAUGGGGGGGCUAAUUUCAGGGUAUGAUAUCAGAUAUGCUGUACACCGAUGUCACCAGUGUCUCUGAUUCCUCUUCCGUUGUAUAAUCAUCUUAACUUUGUGUAUCCUGUUGAAAGCCAAUCGAACCAAUCCAAGCUCUCCAUCUUGAUCUUCAAACAGCCGAUCCACAUGGCUAACGUAACAGUCAGCCAUCUUCCUCACCACUCCAACUCAACCUUCUCCUCAGCGGCUCCCUCUACACCCCCUCCCCCCUCCACACAGGCAGGGAUAGUCAUCCUGGUCCUUGCCUUCCUCCUUGGUUUUCCUGGGAAUCUCUUCGUGGUGUGGUCAGUGCUGUGUCGCGUCCAUCACCGCUCCGUUACAUGCCUCCUGGUUCUGAAUCUGGCCAUUGCUGAUGCUCUGGUGCUCCUGAGUGCCCCCUUUUUCCUGCGUCUGCUGGCUGGAGGAAAGGGCUGGGAGUUCGGGAAUGGGAUGUGCAAGACCGUGCACUACCUCUGCUGCGUCAACAUGUACGUAUCGAUUUAUCUGAUCUGCCUGAUGAGCCUGGACCGCUGGCUGGCCGUCAUCAGGCCCUUCCUGUCUCAGAGGCUGAGGAAAAAGAGGACGCUCUACAUCGUCAUGUUGGUGAUCUGGAUCAUGGCCUUCCUCAUGGCCUUGCCCAUGCCCUUCUACCGCAGCAACCUGCAGAAAAACAAUACUACCAUUUGCAUGCCUUACCACUGGGACAGCGUGAGCCAUGAAGUCUUCCAGUACCUGAUGGAGACACUGCUGGGUUUCCUGAUCCCCUUCACCUUCAUCGUGGUGUGCUACACCUCCGUCAUCUGCCGCCUGCGCAGCGCCAUGUUUCGCGGCCGUGUAAAGGGCAGCCUCCUCAUCCUCCUCAUCAUCACCGCCUUCGCUUGCUUCUGGCUGCCGUAUCACAUCAUCAACAUCUUACAGGUGAUUGGUCUGCUGCAGGGCCGCUCUCAUUACUACAGCGUGGCUCACUCGGCUCGUUCCAAAGUGACCGCGUUUGCGUUUUUCAGCAGCAGCGUCAACCCUUUGCUGUACGUCUUCGCCGGCAGCUCGCACAUCCGCCGCGCCGGCCUCGGAUUCAUGGCCAAGCUGUUCGAAGGAACCUACUCGGACCACUCGUCCACCUCCGGACGACGUUCCACGAUCCAUACGAGCAGCUCGGGACUCACGAGGAAUGCGGUGCGGAACGGGGGCGUGGCUAGAAACAAGAGCUGUGUGGAGGAGGAGCCGGCGAAGUGGGCGGAGUCUAACGCUAGAGAGGAGCUUAAGACUCUCAACACCAUGCUGUGAUUUUUAUUAACACAUCAAGUGUUCAGCUCUGAUCCUCUUCAAAUUUCAGACCUCGAGCCUUCUGCACUUUGAUUUCAUUUUUUUGCUCUUAUUAUUAUUACGCUUUAAAAACAGGACUGUGAAAUUGUGCUCCGGAUGUUGGCACUUUUGUUGUUUUGUUUGUGGUGUUCUUUGACAGACCUGAAAAAAACAAGAUUUUCCAUUUCAUCUGAUAAAUUUGAUGUUUUUCUUCUAACAGAAACAGUGCAUGUGAGAGAGAGAAGCUCUUUGUGUUAAAGUGUUUGUGUUACUCUGACGUUUUUCAGUCGAACUGUAAAAUCCUACAUAUCUAGUAGUGUGUUUAUUAUUGGACAGUUUUCAGUAAAAUUUCAGUCUUUUCAGAUAAGUGAAAUCUGUGAUCUGUGACCGAGCGGGGGGGAAAAAAAUGAGAUGAGGUUGGUUCCUGUGGUUAUUUCAUCUUCUUCCCAGCAUGCUUUGUACACCACAAAGAUCACCAGAUUACUGAUUACUGUCAUUGCUAGCCUGGCUAUUAGCCCUGCAGCAUCAUGGAUAGUGAAUGGUAUAUUUCUCAGCAGUGUGGAGUUGUGUUUUUAAUGGUUUUUUCUUCUUUUCUUAUAUUGUUGUUGUUGUUGUUGUUGUUGUUGGAUGACUUGCCCGAGAUUAUUUCAAUAAUAAAAUCUGCAGGAUUUCAUCGUCUUGUCGUAGCGAUGUCUUGGGACCUUUCAGAAAACAGGUCAGG